AUGAGUCAAAGUUAUACAUUAUUAUGGACAACAACAGAAGCUAUGAUUAUUGAACCAUCACAAAUUCUUUUCACUGAUCCGAAAUAUAGAGUUGAUUGUUAUCCAGAUUCAGGUGCUAUAACUUGUUAUAUACCAAAAGACAAAGGUGGUUAUCAACAAACAGAUUCAGCUCAACAAUUAACAGAUGCUGUAACACGUUAUUCAUUAUCACCUUUAUCAAUAAAGCCUCGUCUUAAUCGAGUAAAUGCAAAUUAUCAUGUUGAUUCUCGUCAAUUAAUAUCAAAUGUAAAACAACUUUCAAUAACAUGA